UAGCCGCACGAGACAAGAGGACAUGUGGUACCUGUACCUCCUCUCCAUGUCCAAUGAGGAGUGACGUCAUGGAUCAUGGUUAUAUGCACCACCCGAUGACCUCAUCCGUGCAUGUAUACAUGUCGAUCCAUGGUUCUGCCCGUCCACCGCUGCAACCCACCCCAUUCGACACCGCGUCGGCCCCACCACACCCCGUCAACUAACCCAGGAUUAGUGACAUAGCAACCCACACCGUUUUGUCCGCCUUAUAUACCAGUCUUCUUUUAUCUACAUUGGCUUCUUCCUCACGCCCUCACUUUCUUACAUGUGAACAACAUGGCCUUUUCGCGGAAGAAGCUUUCCGUGAGUCGUCGGCCCUCUUCCUCUGCAUCCCAGUAGCCACACCCGUGUACAUGGAUCCCUCGGAGCCCCGGCCGUCGCCGCGACGGGAGCUGCAAGGCCCCAGGCCCACGCCACUCAAGGUCUCCAAGGAAUCCUACAAGAUCAAGAAGCCUCCGGCGCCCUCCCACCCGGUGGCGCCACCACCCCAGCCGCCGCAGCCGACGCAAGCCCUCCGCCCCCCGGUCGUCAUCUACGCGAUCUCUCCCAAGAUCAUCCACGUGGAGCCCGGCGAGUUCAUGACUCUCGUCCAGCGGCUCACGGGCCCGGAUUCCUCCGCCGCCGACUUGUCCCUCCCUUCGCCCACCGGCGCACUCUCGCCCGCCGCCCGCAUCGCCACGUUCGAGAGUUCCGCGCCGCCGCGUGCGGGCGACCGAGCGCGAGGGUACGACACGGAUCCGGCGGAGAUGGAGGGAUGGCCGACGGUGGACCGGACCGCUUCGUUCCCGGGGAUCUUGUCGCCCGUGCCGUGGGCGCUGCCCCCCAUAUCGCCGAAGCUCUUCGCGCCGUCGUUCGACCCAAGCGUGUUCAGCAUCCUGCAGGAACUGAGCCCAGUUUUCGGCGGCCGAGGGGGCACCUUCUUAGGAAGUCCCAGUAACAGUUUCCUGUCGACUCCGCUUGUUCCUUCCCCGGGAGCUUGCUGGGAUCUCCUAAGCCAACUCCCAGAUUUCUAGAUCAGGGAGGAGAGAAGAAGAGAGAGAGCAAAAGAGAGAGGUCUCUUUUCCCCUUAACUUGUGUGCCUGUAACAUCAAAGAUGAAGCAAUGGGGGUCAUCAAUGGCGAAAGGCGCAAGACACAAGAGGGUUUCUAUUGUGGUGGGCCAUAAAACAACUACUCCUUCUACCACUAUAACCCCAGCUUUUGUUUCGCUCCUACUAGUGAAGCACAGUAUCAACUUCUGACAUAGUUGGAUUUCCUGCCCCAAUUUGAAGAGAUUUAGAUGGGUGGUGAUCGCUGCAAGCACCGUGAUGACAACUAGCAUCCGCUUCUGAGUUCUUUUCUUUUGGUGCCGGUCAUUCCGUCAAACACCAUGAUCUGCCACUCUCCGCCGAAAUGCACCUGCAAGUUCACACACAUUUGCGGCUCAAGAAUUGUGAGCACUCAGAAGCUUAUGAAGAUUGCAGAUGUGACCCGCAAACGAGUCCUCACCAUUUGAGUUGGCUAAAUGAAUCUUCUUCUUUUA